AUGGCCGCCGACCUGGACGUGCGCAUCGCGUGCCCGGGAAGAUCCAGACAGAAGAAAAGAAACUUCAACACAAUUAAGAAAACAGACACAAUACCUCCAUCAGAACAGCCUCAGAGUAAAUCAACAACCUCACCACCUUCAUCGUCAACAACACAAGGCUGUGCUCCUUUUGGUGAAAAUAACACAGAAAUCACACAACUCAAAGGUGGUUCAGUGCUGUUACCCUGCUCCUGCUCUGACCUGCUCUCCAAACCUCAGAAAUUCACCUGGAUGAUCUUCAGAACAGGACGUCCGACUGAAAUGUUAAAUGAUGAACACUACCGUGGCAGAUAUCAGCUGUUUAAUAACAUUUCUCCUGCUAAUCUGUCACUACUCAUAUCUGACCUGAGAGAAGAAGAUCAGGGAAUCUACAGGUGCAGUACUGAGAAGGAACACAGAGACAUAUUUCUUUAUGUUAAAGGCUGUGAGCUGGUGAAGAAGACAGGGGUAGAGAAUGUGACUGGGUUCAUAGGAGAGUCUGUAGUUCUGCCCUGCGUCUGCACUGACCUACAGAACGACCCGAAGAGAGUAACAUGGGAGUUUAAUAAAAACAAUCACUUUCAGGAAAUUUACUCUAAACAGACUGAAAAUCACAGUAACAGAGUGAAACUGGUCAGUAAAAACCCUCCAGGAAACCUCUCUCUACUCAUAUCAAACCUGACUGAAGAGGACCAGGGAAACUACAGAUGUUCUGCACAGGCUGAUCUCAGAGAUCUGAGUCUGUCUGUUAAAGUAGGAAGAAGAGAAACCUCAACUACAUCGAGGACAACAGACAAAACACCUCAAUCAGAACAUCCUCAGAGAGGAAGAUGUGGAGAGAAUGUGGUUGCUGGAGGACAUCAGGACUGUGAGGGAAAGCAGGAGGAUCAGACUGUAUCUGAUCUUAACACUUUCUGUAUUGAAUAACACAUUAACACACAGCCGGAGCAGCACGGGUCCAGAUUAACACUGGAUAUAAAGAACUGAAUAUGGCACCAUUAUAACAAACUAAUCCACAGUAAAUAUAGACACGAUUUCACAUCUUAUAGAAUUUACUAUAUUGAUUUGUGUAGUCAUUUUUUUUAUGUUGCUGUUAAUCACAUUAACACACAUGCAUGGAUGUGAUUUAAUUGGGUUUAAGAGACAGAGUUUCCAGAUCAUUGUUACUGUUACUUAUAUUAGCUGAGUGUAUUGUUCUGCAUUCACUUUGUCUGUUCAUCAUUAAUUUCUUGUUGAUGUACAGUUUCAUUUUUAUAUCUUAUAUAUUAUAUUAGAAUCAUUUUAUUCUAUAUUCAUCUUAUUUGUAAUGAUCUAAUAUCAGGGUAAAAAAUGUAUAUUCCAGAAGCAUCAUGGUGUUUUGUGUAAGAAGACUGUUAUACAUGUUCUUGUUUGUGACUUUCAGUGUUUAGACUGAUGGUACCUUUAGUCCCUGUUCUAGUAAACUAACAUGAGGAUGUGUUUUUGACAGACUUCACAGCACUUCUGUAAAACACUCUGGAUAAGAGAAUCUGCGAAAUGCCUGAAAUAUAAAUGUUAAUGUUACAAUUUUUGCAGCUUUUUUUCAAUGUGAUUGAUAUCUUACAUGAGAGAGAGAGAGAGAGAGAGAGAGAGUACAAAGUAAUUUCCUGUAAUUAAAUUGCAUGUGAUGUUAGCUGCUGUACUGAGCUACAUGUUCAUAAAGAGAAUAGAUUUGAAAAUUGUAACUUGAUGGUGAGAAACAUAUACUAUAACCAACUGUAAAUAAAAGAAACUGUAAGUGGUGUAUGACA